AUGCGUUCCGGGCGCCGCACCCUCAGCAAGGCCAAUCGUGGCCGCAGCAGCCCUUCACCGGACGCAUUGCGCCAUCCAGGCUCUGUACGACGUGAGCAUGUUGAGCAGUCCGUCCGAGAGCCUUCUGAACGUUUCACUCGAAUCUCUCCAGAAGUGUGGCAAAGGCGUGCCCUGUAUUUCAUGGGUUUUCCAGACUCCAUCAUCGCCGAGGACGAAAAUGCUUCUUGGAAGAACCUGCUUGGUAUCACAUCGCAAUUGUGUCCCCCUCGUGACGGCAAAGAAAUCUCGGCCAACAUGGGCGUCGAUACUGAUCCCGUUAAGAACCAAGACGACGCGCACAAGGUCGGCUCGCCUUCGGUAGCUGCGCGAGAUGGCAGCCUCGACAUCCACGGCGUUGAUGACGUCGCAAUCAUCCCCAAGGGCGCGCUGGACCCCGUGUACGAGGCUAAGGCUCGGGUCCUCAACCGCGCUAUACAAGACAUCGGCAUGGGAUGGUAUCAAUGGCAGCUCUUCAUCGUCGUCGGGUUCGGCUGGGCUAGCGACAACCUAUGGCCCAUCGUCACGUCGCUGAUCUUCACCCCGAUCACGAACGAAUUCGGUCCGUCUCGGCCUCCUCUCCUCACGCUGUCACAGAACAUUGGUCUCUUGGCAGGCGCCAUGUUCUGGGGCUUCGGAUGCGACCUCUUCGGUCGGAAAUGGGCCUUCAAUCUUACUCUGGGUCUUACCGCGUUCUGGGGGUUGGUCGCGGCUGGAGCUCCCAGCUUUGCCGGCAUUGGCGUCUUUGCGGCUUUCUGGUCGUUUGGCGUUGGCGGCAACCUCCCCGUCGAUUCUGCCAUCUUCCUCGAGUUUCUCCCGGCAACCCAUCAGUACUUGCUGACGGUGCUGUCCGUCGACUGGGCCAUUGCCCAAGUUGUUGCCACCUUGAUCGCCUGGCCACUCCUCGGCAAUCUGACAUGUCAAGAAGGCGUCACAUGCACCAAGUCGGAUAACAUGGGAUGGCGGUACUUCAUGAUCACCGUCGGCGGAUUGACCCUGCUCAUGUUCCUUAUCCGCUUCCUUCUGUUCACCAUAUUCGAGUCGCCAAAAUAUCUGAUGGGAAAGGGUCGCGACGAAGACGCCGUCCGGAUCGUCCACGAGGUCGCAAGGCGGAACGGCAAGAUCACAUCUCUCUCGAUCGAGGAUCUCAGGGCGUGUGAGCCGGAAGGGUAUGUUGCGCGGACCGACGCUGCUACAGCCGUCAAAAGAAACUUGGAGAAGGUCGACCUCAGCCGUAUACGUAUCUUGUUCUCGACACGCCGUCUGGCGUUGAGCACCGGCACCAUCAUGGCUAUCUGGGCUCUCAUCGGCCUCGGCUACCCUCUCUACAACGCGUUCAUACCCUACAUUCAGGCAACACGAGGCGCGGAGCUCGGCGAUGGCAGCACGUAUCUGACCUACCGCAACAGCCUGAUAAUCGCCGUGCUGGGUGUCCCCGGCGCUCUGCUUGGAGGUUGGCUGGUCGAGUUGCCGGUGCUGGGAAGAAAAGGCACGCUUGCCAUCAGCACCAUUCUGACGGGCGUCUUUCUCUACUGUUCCACGACUGCCAUGACGAGUAACGCGCUCCUCGGGUGGAAUUGCGCCUUCAACUUUUGCAGCAACGUAAUGUACGCUGUUCUCUACGGGUUCACCCCCGAGCUGUUCCCAACGCCACAGCGCGGGACCGGCAAUGCCCUCACGGCGACAUGCAAUCGCAUUUUCGGUAUCAUGGCGCCCAUCGUCGCCAUGUUUGCUAAUCUCAAGACGUCGGCGCCGGUGUAUACCAGUGGUGCUCUGUUCAUCGCCGCCGGGCUCUUGGUGCUGAUAUUACCGUUCGAAUCGAGAGGAAAGGCAGCUUUGUGA